GAGCUCUCAAGAUGGCGGCGGCGGUGUCGCCCUUCAGCGGAGUGCUGCAGUUGACGGACCUGGAUGACUAUAUCGGGCCCUCGCAGGAUUGCAUAAAGCCCAUCAAAGUUGAUAAGAAGCCCGGAAAAGCCGCCGCCGCCGCCAAGAUCCGCAUUGAAGACGAUGGGACUUAUUUCCAAGUCGAUCAGGAUGGAGGGUCACAAAAGCUUGAAAAGGCCAAAAUUACCUUGAACGACUGUUUGGCUUGCAGUGGCUGCAUCACAUCAGCCGAAAGUGUCUUGAUCACUCAGCAGAGCCAUGAAGAACUCUCCAGAGUGUUAGCUGCCAAUAAGAUCUCAGGUUCUGCUCCUAAGAAGUUGGUGGUGGUGUCUGUAUCUCCGCAGUCCAGAGCGUCGCUAGCUGCAAGAUUUAAACUGACUCCUUUAGAGACAGCCAAGAAAUUGACGGCCUUCUUCAAAAGAUUAGGGGUGCACUUUGUCUUCGACACGACUUUCUCCCGAAACUUCAGCCUGCUGGAGAGCCAGCGGGAGUUCGUGCAGCGCUUCCGGCGGCAAGCGGAGGAUAAGAAGGCCCUGCCCAUGUUGGCUGCUGCCUGUCCAGGCUGGAUCUGCUAUGCCGAGAAGACCCACGGGAGUUUCAUCAUCCCGUACCUCAGCACGGCCAAAUCGCCCCAGCAGGUCAUGGGCUCCCUUGUCAAGGGCCACUUCGCCCAGCAGCAGCACGUGACACCUGACCAGAUCUACCAUGUGACGGUGAUGCCUUGUUAUGACAAGAAGCUAGAAGCUUCCAGGCCGGAUUUCUUCAUCCAAGAGCACGAAACUCGGGAGGUGGACUGUGUGAUUACAACAGGAGAAGUUUUGAAGUUGCUGGACCAGGAGGGCCUGUCCCUUUCCGAAGUGGCUCCCGCCCCGUUGGAUGGCAUGUUCAACAGCCUUUCCGAAGAGCAGCUGGUUGGCCAUUCCGGAGGUGGUUCCGGGGGCUACCUGGAGCACAUCUAUAAGUAUGCGGCAAAGGAGCUUUUUGGGAUUCAAGUGGAGGAACUUCAGUAUAAAACACUCAAAAACAAGGAUUUCCAAGAGGUGACACUGGAGAAGGAUGGCAAAACGGUCCUGCAUUUUGCCCUGGCUUACGGAUUUCGGAACAUCCAGAACUUAGUGCAGAAACUGAAGCGGGGAAGGUUGCCGUAUCACUACAUCGAGGUGAUGGCCUGUCCUUCAGGAUGCUUGAAUGGAGGGGGCCAGAUCAAAGCAGAAGGCGAGCCCGGUAAGGAUCUGCUCCAGCAGGUGGAGAGGCUGUACGAAUCGGUCCAGCCGGAAACCCCCGAGAUGAACAGAGCUGCAGAGGAACUGUACGAGCAGUGGCUGGGCGGCCCCACCUCAGAGCGGGCCCGAGGAGCUCUGCACACGCAGUACCAUGCGGUGGAGAGGCCAAGCGCCGGGUUUAAUAUCAAGUGGUGAAGAGGGGCGGGUGUGCUUCGGAACUGGAGGCCCUGAAGCGCCCUGAAUCGAAUUAUGUUUUUACGAUUCUCCUCUCGGACACAGCCGGUGGCCCAGGGAGACCCUUUAGACUUGGCAAAUAUGUAGCAAAGGAAUGUUAGUACCAAAGAUCAGAAUAAAAACCAUUGUGACCGGAGGAUUUGGCUUUACGGAGGACAACAUCCAGCCAGAGAGAGGCCUAGUUUCAGGUAGGGUGUUGCGUAGGCUUGUUAGGGAGGGCCCGGGGCUCAGUGGCAGAGCUCCUGCAUGGCACACAGAAGGUCCCAGGUUCAAAAAUCCCCGGCAGCAUCUCCAGGUAGCGCUGGAAAAACUCCUGCCGGAAUCCCUGGAGAGCCAUUGCUGCUGCCAGUCAGUGUCGACAAUAUUGGGCAAGAGGGACUACGGCAGCCAGCUACGUUCCCAGGCUUGUCUUCUUGUUAGAGCUGUGUCUUUUCAUCCCAUACAUUUUUAAGAUUUCCAGCCACAGGGACCCUCUUCAACACUGCGACGUUACGUGAUGCCGCCACAAACCCUAUCUCUGCAUCCCACAAUGCUUAGGGACACUCUGGGCCUAUUCCAAUUCCCCCGGCCCAUCUCACUGGUGGCUCGUCCGGAGAAGCCUGCCACGGGAUAACAACGCACUUCUGGAUGCCACCCUUCCUCCUCCUCCUCCUCCAAGGAGGAGCCUCGUACAUCAGAUUCUGCCCCCUGCCUCCACAAUGACCCUGCGGGGUAGGAUGGGCCGAAGGGAGGGAUGAGCAGAAGAGGGUAGUCUGUUUCUGGUCCAUGUCAAUGUUGCAUAUGUCCGUUCUUGUUCCACGGAAAUAUUUGCUUUAAAAACACACACACAAACGUGUAUAUACAUGUUUAAAUGUGUAUUUUUGAAUACUCCUCUCAAAAUGUGUCUGCGGGGAAGAAGAUGUGAGGGAGACUGGAGCAGGCAGGGACCAUCAGAGCCUGCUUCAGUUGGACCACCCCCCCAGGGCUAACAUCUUCACCUUGUGGGGAAGAAGGAGCUGUUGGUUUGCCCCUCCAUUGGGAGAUGAGAGGACGGAGCAGGGCCUUCCCACCAGCCUAAACAGUCUCCUUAAUUUCUUUUUAUUUUCUCCCUCUUCCCUCCCCAUCCACUUUUCCUUGUGUGUCAUGUCUUUUUUUUAGAAUGUAAGCCUGAGGGCAGGGACUGUCUUCUUUAUUGAUACAUUGUAAGCCACUCUGAGAGCCUUUUGGCUGAGGUGCGGGAUAAAAAUACUCUAAAUAAAUAAAUUAAAUAAAAUAAAAUUUGCAUUUCUAAAAACA